CCCCGACCUCUCCCGAAAACCCCAGAUCCUCCCACACCCAACCCACCCCCGCCCCCCAAAGCCCCGGCGGCCGCGUCUGCUUCUCCUCGCCGGCAGACAUGCCUGCUCUUCCCUCGCCGGAGGACAUGACUGCUCUUCCCCCGCCGGAGGCCGCACGCGAAUCUGCUCCACCACCACCCCCUCAGGGCCGCGUCCCUCUCUCCGAGGCCCCCACUCUCCGUGCCGCGACAACACUGGUGCAACAAAUGGCUUCCGGCUGCGCAGCUUCCCCCGCUGCUUCCGUUGCGGUCGACAUAAUGAACAAGGCUUUGCCAGAUCACAUCCACGUUUUAGUUGUCGACGGCGACAGCACUUCGCUCAAAGCCCUUGAGAGUUCGCUGCUCGCGCACAACUACAAAGUCACAACGUGUUCCGAGGGAACGGAGGCCCUCUCGAUGCUGCGAAAGGGUGAGGUGAAGUUCCAUCUUGUGUUGAGCGACACGUACCUACCGGACAUGAUUGGGUGCAAGUUCCUGAACUGCGUCACCUCCGAGACCUAUCUCCCCGUAAUCAUGAUGUCCGCAGAGCCGGAUGAGGAAGCUGAAGCUCACGCUGCCUUCAUUCAUAUGUGCUUUGGGGCACGCGGGCAUCGGAGAAAACCGCUUCCUGAGACGGUGAUACAGGAUUUGUGGCAGUUUGUUAUGAGGGCGAGGCUGGAACAAAUGAUGGGUCCUGGUUGAUGACACUCGUUAAGCCGAAGCAAUGCUGCCGCGCUUCAUAACUCGGGUCGCGUCGGGGGAUAUUUGCCAUUUACAUUUUCUCGUUCUCGUUCCAGACUUCUAGAUCAGGUUUUUGGGCUAUUUAGCAUCUGUUUUUCUUCGUUCUGAACUUCUGUGCUGGUUAUGUUUUAUCUAUAUUUAUUUUGUUUAUCUUUGGCGGAGAUGAACAUAUCUCCUAUAGGUCGCUUAUUGUCAUUAAGUAUGUUUAGUAAUUUAUUAGAUACUGGUAGUUUUUCUUCUUCUUCUUUUUCCCCUUUUCCUUUUUCUUUUUCUUUUUCUUUUUUUUUUUUUUUUUGAGAAAAUUAUCUCUGGCUACAGCAAUUGGUUAGCUUGCAAUUUGUUGGCCUUUUCUUUUAUUUUUUUUUUUGUCGUCAUCGUAGUGUGCCCUCAUAAUGGUACGCUCGCCUCACACUCCUUCCUGCUGUUGGAAUAAUCAAGCUGUAGUAGUUUCUCAACGAUUGUAUCUUUUUGGAGAAAAAGAAUUAUAUCUUGAAACAACUUGAAAUAGGUUUGGUUGCUUUUUGGCCCUGAAUCGUCAAUUGUCAUGUGGUGUAAAGAUUGUGUCGAUUUUGUGCUGAUUUGGUUGUCUCGUAAGGAUUUAAAAACUAUUUUAUAAUCUGACUUUGAGCUGCUUGGCCGAGUUCAUAGCUGACCUCACGAUUCCUGUUAGCUAACAGAAUACUCCAGUCAGUAGAGGAAAGAAAGUAAGACAUACCAUUAACUUUUGGAAGGAGAGGUGGGAAGCUUAAUCCUUAGUAUCAAUUCCAAAGAUGCAGUGGCUGUUCUGAAACCUGUGCCCCCAAAAUUGGUGUAAAAAAUUUUGCCCUUAAAAUCGGUGUAAAGUGACUUGUGGCAUCUCCUAAAUCGGUUGGAACAACAGAUCAACAGAAAAGGCAAAAGCCGAAAGAGAGAGACUGAAGAAAAAGCAGAGUGGACGGAGAUGGCCGAAUCAUAUGAUAAUCUGACAUCCUCAGUUGGUCUUCUUAUCUACAUCUCAUGCUGUUAAAUGGCUUGAUUUUCCUAUAAUUAAAUUAUGUAAACAAAGGCGCUUAAAUUGUGUGCAGGCCCUUCUGCAUGCUUGUGUGGCCUGCUCAAUGAGGCUGUCAAUCCAGUGGAUUGCUGCUUCAGACCUUGAAGAUGAAAGUGCAAGAACGGUAAAGUACGUAGUUUCCAUGUUCAGGAAAGACUUUUGAGGGUAAAUGUAUGAACUGUAAUUUGGUCCCACCUAAACAGAUGUAACUCCUGAAGUGAUCUAAGUUAGUUGCAAUCCAAUCCUUGUCUUUUGUUCGCCGCCUCCUAUUAUUUGUUCACUUACACGCACGUAUCUGACACAUGUUAGAGGUUGUGUGGAAACAUCGUGUAUGAAUGACGUUGUGAGAAGUUAGGCAGGUUCAGGGACUUAUCUGUUUAAGUGAAAAAUCAUGGACCAAAUUACUAGUCGUCGAAAGUUCCGCGACUAUCAUGCACAUCAUCUAUUGGUUGUUUUAA